AUGGCGGACAGGAAAAGAUUUGCCUUGGUCACUGGAUGUGGCCAGGGCGGCAUAGGGGAGGCCCUCGUCCGGGAAUACGCAAAGCAGAACUUCCAUCCGAUUGCUACUCUUCUUCCUAGUCAACCUUCAGGUCAUCUUGAUAAAGCCGGGAUCAUUUAUUUUCGCCUUGAUGUAACUGAUGAAAAGUCGGUGGUAGAAUUGAAGAGAAAUGUGAAGAUUCUCACGGGAGGCUUCCUUGAAAUACUUGUCAAUAAUGCUGGGAUAGCCUAUACCAUGACUGCCAUCGAUACGGAUGUAUCUGCCGUGCAAGCCAUGUUUGAUGUCAAUGUAUUUGGGCCGAUGCGUAUGGUCCAUCAUUUUCAUGACAUGCUCAUCAGGUCAUCUGGAACUAUUGUUAACAUCGGCUCCGUUGGUGGUAUCGUGCCUUACGUAUACGGAUCUUCAUACAAUGCCUCCAAAGCAGCUCUACACCACUGGUCAAACACACUUCGGGUUGAGAUGGCACCACUUGACGUCAAAGUCCUUACCGUUAUCAGUGGUGAGAUUGGCACGAAUAUCCUAAGUAACGAUGUGGAUAGAGCAUUGCCGGAAGGUUCGUACCAAGUACUAGCCUGGAUCUCAACGUCGAGAUAG